AUGGGGAAAAAGAAGAAUUCAAGUAAUUUUAAUGGAAAUAAAAAUUCAAUGUUUGAUUAUAAACAAACAAAUCAGGACAAUGAAUUGUACUUUGUACUUCUCAUCAGAAACCCAAAUAACAUUGGUAUCUAAAUUAUUCUACAAGCUGGCAGGAUCUAAAGAAUUGGUUUCAAAUUUUAGAAGGAGAAACCGAAUGCAAUCUUUUCACACUCUAAGGAAAGAUACAGAACCCUUUUUCAAAGAUCAGAGUUAGCCAAUUCAUCUUGA